AUUGUUUUAUUGGGCGAGAGUAAGGCUUUACUGAUGAUUGUUAAGGGUAUUUUGAUGUUUACUCAAAUCUGACGCGAAACGUCUUCCUGUCGGUAGUGUUGGGGGGAAAUAGGCUUGCAUUGUAAAACUGGCACAUAUAAAUUCACUUAACCCCCCAAAAGCAGUCAGGGUUUUCUUUGAUCUUACAUUGUUUAUUGUUUGCUGUUUAAUGUGACAUUUGUAUGUCAGCUACAAUUGCAAUCUGCAGCGGUGCCUAUAGGUCUAUAUCUUUCUCUUUUAAACUUCGAACGGAAUUACAAAUAAAACCAUUUCACAAAUGUAAUUUGUAAAUAGAAAUCCCAUAGCCAGUAAAUGUAAGUUUUUCUUGAGUAGGCCGUUAACAUGAAGAUGUAUUUGUAAAGUAUUAUAUAUGUGUGUUUGUAUGUAUUACGAAAUAUAUUAACAUUUAAUUUAAAAAAAUUAAAUUACGUUUGGUUCAUAUUCGCGCCUUUUUAAGCAACAUUCUUGUAUAACAUCAUGUUCAGUAUUUGUGUAACACUUUCCAUCCCCCCAAACGCGUUUGAAUUUCCCGCGAGCGUAAAGUUCCCACGUGAUGUCUUCUAGAAUUCUUAUUGGUUCAUUUCACGCAAAAAUUAAAAGGACCAAACAAAGAAGUGAAUUUGCCCUUUUCCUAUUGGCUGGUAUUGAGCGCCAAGAUCGAAUAUAUAAAAAGGAAACACCAGAAUUCAUACUUCGUUUUCUUCGCUCCAGGUGGAUCUAGGAACCUCUGCAAUUUCUUUUAUUUAUAGCUUUGGGUUAUAUAUUGUAUGUUUGUUUUAACUAAAUAAUUUAUCUUAUUCUUUAUUACCAAACACUCUAAACUUCACGAUGCUGUCAACUCGCUCUCCACUGAAAACCAAGAAUGAAAACACUCUUUCUUCAAAAGUGACAAGCAUGUCCAUUGUAGACAAAGAAAACACGCCACCAAGCCUGAACUCUACAAGAGUCCUUGCGUCCAAAACGGCGCGUAAAAUCUUCGACGAUUCGGAGGAACCAACAGAAGCUAGGAAAGUGGUUGCAGAGGAAGAGCCUCUUCUGAAGGAUAACCCCCAUCGCUUUGUCAUUUUCCCAAUUCAGUACCAUGACAUCUGGCAGAUGUAUAAGAAAGCAGAGGCCUCUUUCUGGACUGCUGAGGAGGUUGAUCUGUCCAAAGACCUUCAGCACUGGGAUUCUCUGAAAGAUGACGAGAGAUAUUUUAUCUCCCAUGUUUUGGCUUUCUUUGCUGCAAGUGAUGGCAUUGUCAAUGAGAACUUGGUGGAGCGAUUCACUCAGGAAGUCCAAGUGACUGAAGCCCGUUGCUUCUACGGUUUCCAGAUUGCCAUGGAAAACAUCCACUCCGAAAUGUACAGUCUGUUGAUUGACACAUACAUCAAAGAUCCCAAAGAGAGAGAAUAUCUUUUCAAUGCCAUUGAGACAAUGCCAUGUGUAAAGAAGAAGGCUGACUGGGCGAUCAGCUGGAUUGGGGACAAAAACGCACAAUUUGGGGAGAGAGUAGUGGCUUUUGCUGCUGUAGAAGGAAUUUUUUUCUCUGGUUCUUUUGCUGCUAUUUUCUGGCUGAAGAAGAGGGGACUCAUGCCUGGACUCACCUUCUCCAAUGAACUUAUCAGCAGAGAUGAGGGUCUUCAUUGUGACUUUGCCUGUCUCAUGUUCAAGCACUUGGCCAACAAGCCAUCAGAAAAAACUGUAAAGAAAAUUAUAACAAAUGCAGUUGAAAUUGAACAGGAGUUCCUGACCGUGGCUCUGCCAGUGAAGCUAAUUGGCAUGAACGGUGACAUGAUGAAGCAAUACAUUGAAUUUGUGGCUGACAGACUACUACUAGAGCUGGGAUUUGACAAGAUCUACAAAGUGGAGAACCCUUUUGACUUCAUGGAGAACAUUUCCUUGGAGGGCAAGACAAACUUUUUUGAGAAGCGAGUCGGCGAGUAUCAGAGAAUGGGAGUCAUGUCUGGACCUACAGAUAACACUUUUAGACUGGAUGCUGAUUUUUAAACCUCAAUCUUGAGUGCCAGAAUGGACACUUAUAAGCUAUAAACUCGCACUUUUCAUCUUCAGAUUUCAUUCCGGAUGAACAGCAACACCCUUUUUAUUAUAGUUUACAAAUGAUUUGUUUUAGUGUACUUUCAUUGCUUUUUUUUUUUUUAAUAAACAAAUUAUAUUCUCCUUGUUUUGCCUAAAGAGGGAAGGGGUAAUUGAUGUCUUCCAUCUUGCUACUGCAUUCUGUACCCUAGUUGUCUUUAGAAUUCAUUUUGUCAAUGUUCAGGUAUGUUUUAUCUGAAUUUGUUAAUGCGGAUGGCUUUUGCGCAUUUGAGCAAAUUUUAAAUCUUAAAUUGUGACGCAAGCCAAUUUGACUAACACCUAAGAAGAUACAUGUAAGCCCUGUCAUCUUUAGUGAAGGGUUUGGUAUAAGGCCAUUUAAAACAAAUGCAAAAAUGGACCUCCAAUACUUUGGUAUGAGAAACUUGGAAAAUUGAUUUUCCCAGGCAUUGAAAUAGAAUGACUUCUAGAUCUCUGCUUUAAAAUAUUUAAUUGGUUAGGUAUUUGCCCUUGAGUAGAGUGAUGUCCUAUUCAUUAGUGAAUUGGUGUGGGUUUUUUUUUUUUUUUUUUUUUUUCUUUCUCAGUGACUCAGUCAAAACCUAAUCUUUGAAUUUGUUUAAAAAUAUAUAUAUAUUUGGUCAGUAAUUGCAAACUAGAUCAGUCAUAGAAAAUUCACAACUGCAUUGUUCAAAAGGUCUGAGCCCUGAAUUGAAAAAGGCCCUUUGAGAUGCAAAGAUUCCAAAUGCUUUUAGUUUGAAAACUGAUGUUAAAUUUGUGGUUUUAAGAUGUAGUGAUUUUUUUUUUAGUGUACAGUGAAUAGGUUACAUGGUUUCCUGCAUGCACAUCAGUGAUAACAUUGCUAACAUUGAAACGUCCAAAGUACUCAGUUUAUUAAUAGUACUCAUUAUCCGGGACACUCCUGGCAUGAGCUGGGUGACCGCCCAAUCUAAGUACUCAGAACAUUACAACUAAAUUUCUGCAUGGGACAGCAAGAAUUUUAAGUUGUAGAAGCAGUUCGUAACCCUUAAAAGGGCAAGAACAUGAAUACCUCAGGAAAUUAAAUUAUUGCUAUUUUCCAACACAAGCACUCAAAUAAUACAAUUUCGUCUUUCUCUUCAAACUAUUGCUUUUAUUUUCAAUUUUAUAGUUGAAUAGAUAAGAUUGUCACAUUCACUUUCAUUGCAUUUUAUUUUUUUGAUUAUACUUUAAAAAGUGAAUGGUGACUGAGAUUAACAUUCUGUCUAACAUAUUUUGUUUAAAGAGCUAGUUAAAAAAAAAUGUAUAUAGCCCAAUCACUCAAACGAUUGUGCUUUUACAAUGUCAUGUUCUUUUAAACUUAAAUAUUAAAACAACAUUGUAGCUUG